AGUGAAUCACGUACCUUUUUCAUCCAGCAGACUCUGUGUGAUAUGAACUACCAUCAAUUUGCGGGAACCCUCAUUGCUACAGUGGAGCCGAUGAGGAGGGGCUGAUGCUGGAACGAGGAGUGUCUUACCACCUCUGCAGCAUUAGAUUAGUCUGUUAGAACAAAAGGUCACUUUUCCUCUGCUGUAAUUCUCUUUAUAAACCUUUUUUUUUCCUUCUUAAAUUUUCAAAUUGGCUGUAGUUUAGAGAUGUGUGUCUUUGCAGUCUACGUUUUUUUGGGACUUCUUCUUUGUGCGCCCCAUCAGUGCUUUGAGUGCCCUUUUGGAUGUGAGUGUUUUGCUGUCACCCGUACAGUGAAAUGUGUUUCUAAGGCUCUGCUCAAAGUACCACAAGAUAUUCCAGGAUAUGCCAGGACUGUCAUCAUCACUGGGAAUAAUAUACACCAGAUUGGACCUGAUUCGUUUACAGAGCUGGAGAAUGUCACUAACAUCAUUUUAAGCAAUAACAGGAUUACAGAGUUGGCAUCCCACACCUUUGCUUCACUCACCAAUCUGCGCUUCCUGGACCUCAGUGGAAACCAGCUGGCACUAAUCCAUCCUGAGGCUCUCAGCAUACCUGGUAGCCCACUUCAGGAGCUUAACCUGAGCUGUUCGCUGUACAACUUCACCGCCCUGACAGAUCUCACCACAGCUCUGCGUUGGGGUGGCCUCUGGGGGCUUCUCCGCCUCAACCUUUCUGGAAACCGUCUUGCUCUGCUGCCCCCUGGGAUGUUCUCCCACGUUCCCAAUCUGCAGCAGCUCCUGCUCACCAACAACUCUUUGGUGGCUGUCUACAGUGGGACAUUUUCUGGCAUGGAUCAUCUGGAGAUGCUGGACCUGACACACAACACUUUCACAACAUUCAGGGCCGAUGCUCUACAAGAGCUGGAGAGGCUUGGGAACAUUAAAAUCCUUCUUGGUAAUAACCCGUACACCUGCAUUUGUGAGAUCCAUGAUUUUGUCACUUGGCUCAAUAAAUCAAGAGCUCAGGUAGAUGUGGAUGCUAUUAGAUGCGCCUCACCAGCUGGAUUAAACAAUUCCCGGGUGCGAGGUCUGACUGUGCAGGCCAUUGGUUGUGUUGCUCCAGUCCUUACUGAGGUGACUGACCUCACCCUGCAGACGUCCUAUGUCUUCUUGGGGUUGGUUCUGGGCUUUGUGGGCAUGGUUUUUCUGUUUGUGCUUUACCUGAAUCGCAAUGGAAUGAAAAAGUGGAUCACAGAAACAAGAGAUGCAUGUCGUGAUGUUCUGGAGGGGUAUCACUACCGCUACGAGAUUGACUCGGACCCUCGGCUGGGGCGCAUCUCAGCAGAAGGCAGCAGGAUGCAAAGGCAUGUGGGAUUAGCUUUGUCACAACAGCUCCCAAAUGACACCUGUAUUGUUCAGGACCCAACUGACCCAAAAACCAAACAGGUGAUGACCUCCCCUCAUGUAAGUUUAUGAGCAUCAUGUAGAGUUAUUCAACAAAAUAUGAGGUAGGUUUGAAUAGGUUAUGUCAGGGAACUUGCAGUUUAAAUGCUGUUUGGAGGUUCAUGUUUUUAUACUACAGCCACACCCUAUAAAUCUAACCUUAAAAGUGCCUUUGUACUGAGGCACAAAAACUUUACCUGUAAAUUAGUUUUGUGUUUUACUGUUUUAUAAACAUAAUGAGUGCAAUAGGCAGCAUUGAAAAUAUUCUCAUCUUAGUUUUAGAAUGUCCUUUUUGGGAUUAGUUUCGUGCCUGUAAAUAUCAAGUUGUGCAGCUAGAAACAACUUAGGUGGCAGAUCAGAGGCAUGAAAAAUGCAUGUUGUAAGAAAAUUAAUAGAGACUUAGUGCAUUUUUAAUAUAGGUCUUUAUAAUAUUAAAUAUGCUUUUUUAAAAAUAUGUAAAGCAUAUAAUACAUAUACAUGGUGCUUCUGUAUUCUGCUUAAUAGUUUAUUCUGCAUAAUGCCAUCAGUAUUACUACAUUUUAAGAAACGUACAUUAAGGUUGCUGUAUGAUAUAAAAUGUGCAUUAAUUAUUAAUAAAGCAAUUCUUUAUUAGA